AGGGCUGAGCUCAAAGAGUGGGAGCCAUAGAUCACAGUUUGUUCUCCAGAUCCAGUCACCGAUUCGUAGGGAGAUUGUGGUAUUUUUUUUUUGUAAGUCUUCUUAUCAGAUCAUGUUGUCAGUGGCUUGCAGUGGCUUCAUUAUUUUUCCCUCACUGUGUUGUGCCUGACUUCCUGUGGCGUUUUACCGGCAUUUGCUGGCACAGGAGCAGUCUCUCCUUAUCUGUCGUCUGGUUGCAGUUCGUAGCAACUUCUAGACAGUGACCGGGGUCAAUGCAAGAGACUAGCCCAACAACAGAACAAAAGGAGUCUGCUGUAAAGGUGAUUUUAUGUGGCGAACAUGGCUGAGGCUUGUGAUAAAUGGCAGCAGAGAGGUUCUGGAGAGCUUCAGUUCAUCAGUGGCUACAGGAGCGUACCGACCACUAAAAUCACCACCAUUCGUCUUCGGGAAAUUUAUGAUCCCAAACCUCAACCUCCCAAAGCUCCUGUUCGGAUUCGCCCUCCGAGUCCAAGAGCUCCCCCAGUGAAGGAAGCCAAUUUAAAGCCCAGUUUGCCCAGUGAUCCUCCCAUUAAGACGAUCAUGAGGAGACGAGCUCAGUCUCUUCCUUCGUCUGCAGAGAGGAAGAAAGAACUUAGGAGCCUGCAGGUACGGUUUGUGGACUCACUGGGCCUGGAGUUAGAGGAAGUGAAGGUCUUCAAAGUUCAAGAGCACCCCCUGAUACCCCAACAUGUUAUGUUCAGACUACUGAUGAGCUCUGAACUGGCUUUCGGGAAGUCAUUGGAGCUGUCCCUGCCUUACUUCAAACCUUGUUUCCUUGAAAAUAUGGGAGCUCAGCCGGACUUCCUGAAGCGUCUCUGUACUCAGAGUGUGUGUCUGGAGCAGGUCCUGUGUUCAGAGCAGGGGAUAACAGGCACUAUACAAGUACUUAAUUUAGCUUAUGAGAAAGAGGUCACAGUGCACUACUCUUUCACCAACUGGAGAACACACACAGAUACAACAGCAUCCUGGGUAUCAAGUGAGAAGCUUGGAGAGUGUGAUGCUCCAGAAACCGAUAUCUUCAGAUUUCGUCUGCCGGUCCCACCCUUCAUUUUGCAGCCAGGAACUAUCUUGGAAUUUGCCAUCUGCUACCGUGUAAAGGGAUCUGAUUAUUGGGACAACAACAAUGGGCACAACUACAAACUGUCAUGCCACAGCUACAAGGUGACUGUGCCAAGAGAGUGUGAGGACAGCAUGCUGCAUUUCACCUGAGUGUCCACAUGGGGGAGCAGUAACACCUGCACAAAGAUAUGGGUGACAAACACUCAAAAUACUGCACAUAUUUAUUCCCAGUGUUUCCCUCACUUUAUUAUGUGCAGUGGUGGAAUGUAAUUUGCUAUUUACUCAAGUAGUCCAAGUUAGUAGAAUUCUGGGUAAUUUACAUGAGUAUAUCCAUUUUAUGCCACUUUAUACUUCUAUUCCACAACAUUUCAGAGGCAGAUCUCGUACCCUUUGCUUCACUAAAUGAAUCUGGGAGCUGUAGUUACUUUUCAGAUUCAAAUUUUAAAUGUAAAAUAUAUAAUCAAUUUGUAAAAUAUUAAGUGUUAUUGUAAAUGACACAUCAACAUAUUAAGUAAAACGUUAAACUUAAAUCUCCAGCUCAACGAGCUAUAACAUUAAAAUCAGGUUUACACACUAAUGCAUCAGUGAUGACUAGUGAGUAAUGGUGUUUACUUUAAAUACUUGUAGUGUAUGUUGGUGACAAUACUGUGACUGUUUUGAAAGCAGGAUAUUUAUUUGUAAUGAAGUAUAAUUUAAAGGGUAACAUAACACCCCCUGAAAAUCUUGUUUGUGCUGACCCCUGGUGUUUUAACUUCUCAUCUUGGUGCAGUGAUGUAGAAGUGUACCCCAGUGUCCCACGACAUCACUGUUGGGUGUGGUCACAGGUGCAACUAAGGAAACACCUAACCAUAGCCAUCAGUGAUCCUGGGAGUGGUCACAGAUGAAACAGUCUGAGCAGAGAUGGCAGCUGUUAAAUGAUUCUUUCAGUAAAGGAUCUGAACACUUCCUCCACCUCUGACGAGAUGAUGCUGGGAAUAGGAAAACUGCAUGUUAUUCUUCAUUACAACACAACUUCUAAUACAUGAGUCUAGUGUUAUAGUGUUAUAUCUGAUUUGCUUCACCACACAUUUGUACUGGAGUUCAAUCUUAAAGGGGUAUGCCAUCAAUUUAGUAUUGCACUUCCACAAAGUUCAGGACUGACAUCCUGAAAUGGUCAAAACCAAAGUAGCAGAGGCUGAGAUAUCCUGGCUUUUAGUCACUCUUAUCAGUGAAACUCUGUGAUGAUAUCGUCUCGUAUUAACUGAACUGAACUUCAUGAGCAAAAUUUGUGGCGUACCCUUUUAAAUGAUUCCAGCCUGUUUGAAGUCAUGGAGGGCUGCUGUGUUCCUGCCGGGCUUUUAUUUAGAUUAAAUCCCUGCCACCUCUGUGCAGACCUACAAAAGAAUUUGCCCACUUUGCACUUUAGUGAGUCUGGUGACCCACUCUGAGUCUGAGUGAGACAAAACACUGCUGUUGAACCUUAAGACAGAAUUUGCACAAGGUAACAAAUCCAUAAUCUUUGCUGAUUUCACACAAAUGGAGAGGAGUUAAUGAUCUGUUUGAAACCUAAGCAGCUUGUUUACUUUCUGCUAUGACCAAAAGGGCUUGACCUCAUUCUUCUGGAGCUUGUUUUGUUUUAGGAGGAUUACAGGGAGCAGUGUUAGCAUGUCUGUUGCACUGUGACCGGUUCCUGUAGAUCCCCAAUGGUAACUGACCUUUCACCAAAAAGUUUCCACUGAUAUGAGAGCCCAGAUUCCAGAGGACUUUCUGGCAGACUGUGACGUUUGGCUCGUGGGAGGGCAUUCUUCCAUCUGCAUUAGUCACUGCAGCUGUAUGGCAUGCUUUAAUCUGAACACUGUGAUCUGAACACUGAAAAGCUUACUGAGCAUAUCAAGCAGUCCAGAGGUCAACUAGUUUUAUGAAGUUUCUAGAAUGAGGUGACUUUUCUCUCAACUCUAAAGGAGAUUUCCCUUAUUCUGUCUUCUUUAAAGACUCACACGUCUAAAAAGUUCAUGAAUCAUUUCUGUUUGAAAAAGCAUGAAAUGAUCGGAUCAUAUUUUUUCACUUAUUUUAAGAAAGAAACACAUUAUUAUCAUCAUAAUACCAGUGAAAAUCAGCUCCACCUUGCCAACCAGCUAAUGUUAAAAUGCUGCUUACAUGUUAAUGCACUGUUCUGCAUAAUGAGUACUUGUAUUUUUGCUACCUUUACCUAUAAUGGAGUAUUUUCACACUGUACUGACACUUUUAUUUAAGUAAAGGAUCUGAAUUCUUCUAUGUGAAUGAUUAAUGAUGUCACUCGUUCUGUUUCUGCUUGAGACAGCAGCCAUGCCAUUUGGCCAGUGGCCUCUCACUGCAGGAGUGUUGAUGAUUUCCGGGACACGAGAUGGCACCAUUGUUCAAAUCUUAAAGCCUACAUGUUCCAUUUAAAACACAGUAUUUGAUUUGUAUUUCCAGUAGUGGAUGAAGUAUUCAGAUUCUAUAAUUAAGUAAAAGAAGCCAUGUAACAGUUCAAAAAUCGUAAGUAUAACAAGCUAUUAUGAAUAAAUGUAUUUGAAAGUUAAAGGGAUGUGUAAUGCAGCAGAAUGGCCCCUUUCAGUUAUAUUAUUAAUUAUAUUGCUCGAUUAUUAUAACUGAUGCAACAUCAUGUAAUAAGCUAAACUAGAACAUUUUUAAUUACUUUAUACACUGUUGUGCAGUUUAAUCUGCUACAAUGCAUCACAUGUUAUCAGAUGACCAUGGUUUCCUACAUCGUUCCAUCACUGGUGGUGGAAAAAAAUAUUCCGAUCUUUGGAAAAAGCACAAAUACAAAAAAAUACUCCAUUACAAGUAAAAGUCCAGUAUGUCAAAUUGUUGCUUGAGCAAAGGUUCAGAGGUUUUAUCUGUAAAAU